AGGGCCCGUGUCUGAUCCAUUCCAUGAAUGGGGACCUGCUGCGGACCCUGGAGGGCCCGGGGGGCUGCGUGGAGCCCCGUCUCAUCCAGUCCUCUACAGAGGGCCACRYCGUGGUCUACUACAACAAGGGACACUUCUGCUUCUUCUCCAUCAACGGAAAGCUGCUGGGACACAUGGAGGUGGAGGAGAACAUCAGGGCCAUGCUGCUGAGUCGGGACGGACAGUACCUGCUGACGGGGGGAGACGGGGGAGUUCUGUCUGUCUGGCAGGUUCACAACCUCAAACAGAUGUUCACCUACCCUGGCUGUGACGCAGGCAUCCGCUCCAUGGCCAUGUCCAACGACCAAAGGUGCAUCAUAACCGGCAUGGCGUCUGGUAGUAUAGUCCUGUUCUACAACGACUUCAACAGGUGGCACCACGAGUACCAGACCAGAUACUGAGGCAGGACCACACAACAACAACAAUCCCUGAGAAUCUGGUUAACGUGGGACCUACCUACUGCAAUCCUGUCGUUCCAUGUCCUAAGGCACUACUCAAUACAUAUUGAUAUCCUGAAUGUAUCUUAAGAGAAGAAAAACUGUCUGAUUCUGUCGAAAGAAGCAAACUAUUUUUUWAAAAAGGGCAUUGCUAUAUUUUGUAGGGCAUAUCGAAAAUUUCUUAUAAUAUCUUAGGGUGGGGUUAUAUACCUAUGGUUACAAAUCUAUUUUUAGCUUGUUAAGAGUCUAUUUUCAUCUCGAGCAGAGGAAAAUAAGGGUUCAAAGUGGAAGUAGGUAGARAAGUAUAUUUGCAUCUAUUGUCUUAAGAAUCCAUAUAUUUGUGUACGUUAGGGGUGAGUGAAACUUGGAGAUAUAAUCAUUAUUUUGGUCAUUAAUAUCCUUUUUCUCAUGCUCUUUUUGCUACUGUGUGGAAACACAGGGAAAUAAAAUAUGUGAAGUUUGUGUGGUGAUCGAGCAGGAAGUUCAGUAAGUCCUUUAUGUGAUCAUGACUUGAGAGGGAAUAUAUUCUAUUUAAAUGUUUGUACCACACCUCUGUGUAAACGGACAGAUCUUGCCUUCCUGUGCAUGAGUUAUUCCUCUGCUGUCCUGAUGGUGGCGUACACUGCACAAAGACUUGUCACCAGUUGUCAUGUGUAUCAGACAGUCAUCGUAGUAACAAGAUGGCUGCCGGUGUGAUUAGUUUGUAUCCGAGUGUUGUCAUGACGAUCAUUAGCUUUAUUAUGUAUGUACUGUAACCAUACUGAUGAAUAAUAUGUCUGUCAGUAGAAACAAAUGUCAUGGGCUACGUCCUAAUUUUGUAAAAUGGCGUCCUUUCAUCUAAUUUCCUUCAUAUUGCUUACUUAUCACCUAUCAGAACUUUACAUGAAGGAKACGAGACGAGGAAAGGAAGCCAUUCCAAAUGGCCGACGUAGCCAUGAUGUGCUUCUUUGUAUAACUUCUUGUWAGCUUUACCUCCUCUACUGAGGCAUUUGCAGUACUUAAGCAUAUACUGUAUCAUAUUAGCGAUCGACAGUGCCCAAACCAUGCUAGGAUCAUCAAAGUCCGUCAUCUUGGCAAAGAGAGGUGCAGCGAAAUGAGGGACUUGUCAGUCUGUCUGUGUGUCAYGCUGGAUAUUCACUGGUUAAACUAGACCACAGACAACCCUGGUCCUGGUCAGCCAAAGGGUGUGCACUUUUUGGUUCAAGCCCAGCUUUUAAAUACCCGAUUCUACYUAAUUAUGGKCCGUCAGGUGAAAACUGAAUUGAAUCAGGUGUUUUGGUGCAGGGUUGGAACACCCGAUGUGGUUCCUCCAAUACAACGGUUGCUCAUCAGGAGGAACAUUCCGUGUUAGUGUGGUUACGAUUACAAUGAAAUGGCUACUACUGUAUUUUCUAUGUAUCGCUCAAUAUUUUGGCAAUCAAUUUGGAAUGAGUGUUUUUGAUGAGUUCUGACAAAUAAAAUUGAAUUUUUUAACUUGA